CCGAGCUCCCGGCCGGCGGCGGCGGCAGCGGCUGCGGAGGAAGUUUCCGCUUUGCCUCCACCCCGGUAGCAGCUUCGCGGCCGGGGACAGCUUCCUCCGGACGCUUCGCGAGCUUUGCCGCCGCCGCACGUCUGUCAAGGGACCAUGGGGUUGCCCAAGGGGCCGGAGGGCCAGGGUCUCCCGGAGGUAGAAACAAGAGAAGAUGAAGAACAAAAUGUCAAGCUGACUGAAAUUCUGGAGCUUUUGGUUGCAGCUGGGUAUUUCAGGGCAAGAAUUAAAGGCUUAUCACCUUUUGACAAGGUAGUAGGAGGAAUGACUUGGUGCAUUACCACUUGCAGCUUUGACAUAGACGUUGAUUUGCUUUUUCAGGAAAACUCCACAAUAGGACAAAAAAUAGCACUAUCAGAAAAAAUUGUCUCAGUCCUGCCAAGGAUGAAGUGUCCACACCAGCUGGAGCCCCACCAGAUCCAGGGCAUGGAUUUUAUUCACAUAUUUCCUGUUGUCCAGUGGCUGGUGAAGCGAGCUAUAGAAACAAAGGAAGAGAUGGGUGACUACAUCCGCUCCUACUCCAUAUCCCAGUUCCAGAAAACCUACAGUCUCCCUGAGGAUGAUGACUUCAUAAAGAGAAAAGAAAAGGCCAUCAAGACAGUUGUCGACCUUGCAGAUGUUUACAAGCCCCGUCGGAAAUACAAACGCCAACAGGGAGCAGAAGAGCUGCUCGAUGAAGAAUCUCGAGUCCAUGCCACGCUUUUGGAAUAUGGCAGGAGAUACGGAUUUAGCCGCCAGAGCAAAACAGAGAAGGCCGAGGACAAGAAGACGGCACUUUCCGCAGGGCUCUCGGCUGCGGAAAAAGCUGAUGCCCAUGAGGAAGAUGAGCUUCAAGCUGCUGAAGAGCAACGUAUUCAGUCGUUGAUGACCAAGAUGACUGCCAUGGCGAAUGAGGAGAGCCGCCUCACCGCCAGCUCGGUGGGCCAAAUCGUGGGACUCUGCUCCGCUGAGAUCAAGCAGAUUGUGUCCGAGUAUGCAGAGAAGAUUGUAACAUCCUGGCCAGAAGACUGUCAACUUCUUCAUGAAUUUUCGGCCAUCAAAGGACUUAUUUGUGGAAGGUCACAUAUUCCUCUGGGGACCAAUUGUUUGGGCCAGGCGGCCGCCAGCCUCUUGAUUGGCAGCCGGUCUGGAUGGCAGUUGCCCAAGGAAACCACCAGUGCCCAUGGCCUGCUCUGCCUGUCUCUCUUCCCCAACUCGUGCUGCUCCAGAGGGACCUGCGUUCAACAAGCAAGAGCCCCUGGGAAAGCAGACCCCACUGCCGUCCGGCCAGUGCCUGUUUCGGCAGUGCACAAAGAAACCAAGCAGUUCUUCACUUUAUAUAAUACCCUGGAUGAUAAAAAGGUUUAUUUGGAAAAAGAGAUCAGCCUGCUGAACUCCAUUCAUGAGAACUUCUCACAAGCCAUGGCCUCCCCUACUGCCCGGGACCAGUUUUUACGUCAGAUGGAACAGAUCGUAGAAGGAAUUAAGCAGAGCAGAAUGAAGAUGGAAAAGAAGAAGCAAGAGAACAAGAUGAGAAGAGACCAGUUGAACGACCAGUACUUGGAACUGUUAGAAAAGCAGAGGCUGUACUUUAAGACUGUGAAGGAGUUCAAGGAGGAGGGCCGCAAGAAUGAGGUGCUGCUGUCCAAGGUAAAAGCCAAGGCCUCCUGAAAGUUCCCGGACAUCAUCGUAUGUCAUUGAUUUUUUUUUUCCUUUAACGCCAUGUAUCAACUGCGAGAUGGUGAAAUGGUUCUGAACACUACAGUAGAGAGAUGCAGGGGUCAUAAUCUCAGCACCCGGAUAUUUUCUUUCUCCCAUUUGCUUCCAUUUCAUCUCUCUGUUGUUGAUGGAAUCAGACGGUGUAAACAUGAUGGCUUGGAUAACACCCAUCAUCCUAUGAGGAAAUGCGGGCAGUAUUCGUUCUGCAUCGGGUCAGCUUCAAUUUCUCCAGUAACAUUGCACACAUAAACAUACCUGUAUUUGUAUGGACUCCCUGAAUAAAAAGGAAUUCAUUUGUUCAGCAAA